AUGGUGUCGGCAUCCGCAAGCCUUGUCGUCCUCUUGCUGCCGCGGUUGGCAAGCGCAUUUGGCGAUUCUUUCUUUAAUCAUCCGUCUCCAGACAUGUCUCAGCUACUGGUGCUGACGGUACGUGACUCGGCAGAUGCUGCAGCAGGGAAUUACGAGGGCUUUGAUGAUGACAUCGACGACCCGGAGGAUGGCCAUGAAGAGAAUUUCCCACCUGACCUGUAUGCUGAAAGCGACAGGCUUUCCCCCCCAAAAGAAAAGCUGUUUGUGUCGGAGGAAGGAGCCUCGGGUAAUGCCGUUUCGCAAUCCUCACCGGAAGGCAGCGCUUCUUCGCCGAACGGCCCCAGGAGUUGUUUCCCAUCAGAAAAGAGCGCCUCUGCCAACAGAUCUCCUUCUAUGGGAAAUGUACAACCUCAAACACGAAGUGUAACUCCCCCAUCUGAUGUGAAUUCCCAACGGCGGGGCGCUGAUCCUUCCCAGAAGUCGCCGGUGGAAACAAAAUCAGUUACUAUAAUGGCCUUUGACGAAGCAAAGGAAGCAUUGUGUCACGCCACGAGUAACCCCGAUGUACCAUGGCAUUUGCGAGCGCUUAUUACCCUGACGAGAGGGGUAAAGAAGCCCGACGAUUUCCUCCACUCUGCAUAUCUGUCGUCUUUGAUGCAAGCCAUGAGUUAUGGUCUCGAAUGCAUGAAGGAGCUUCGCCUGCUUCGGCACAUUGAUAAGGGCAAAGCGAAGGCUCAAGACAUCAAGGAGCUUGUGGCUCUGAAGGAGAGAGUCGUGUCGUGUGUCAACCCCGUGAGGGAUCUCCUGGCGGAAGCCAAAACACAAUUGGGCCCAGGCAUGAAGGCUAGAGGGACCAAGGGCGGGUGGGAUAAAGCGGCUGUGCUUCUAGAUUCCCUUUGCGGGGCCGUUGUCGCGACGGAAAAUAAUUUCCUUACUUUGUUGUCCUUGAUGGAAGCUCAACGCAACCCACAGACGCCGCAAGCGGUGAUGCAGGCACUCCAAAAAGAGCGAGAAAAGGCCAAGGCGGAAUACGAAUGGGCGAAGGACAAUAUCAAAGGCUGUAUGAGGGCGUUAAGAGGGAAAGGCAUUCUUCCGCGCGCCUUUCCCAUGUUGUAG